AAGGGGCAAAAAAAACCGCGAGAGAUAGGGGUUUCCAAGGCUGGAACGAUGUUGCAGUUUGGAGGGAUUUCAAACUAAUAUACAUCUCGGAAGAUAUAUGGCCGCACUAUCUUGAGCACGUGACGUCUAAGCGGUUCACACGACGCUCACAAUCUAGUGCUGGCAACCGGAAUUGGCCAAUUCAUGGCUCGGUGACAACGCACACUGGCGGUUCCGUUCUGUUUGCUGCACAUGCAAAACGAAUUGCUACGUCUCUUGGACGUGAGCCGAGCACGAUUGAGCUGUUUGUGGAGACGCACGUGCUGAGUCAAGACCGCCAAAAAGGGGCGCAACAGUUCGUUGAUAACCGUGCUCAACAUUUCAUGGAGACCUAUAAUAAUCGGUUGAGGGAGAGAUACGGGGACGAUAUUUUGACCCAUCCGGAAUUCGAUCCGGAUUUGUGGAUGGAGGUUGGAUCGUCAGGUGGACCCGAUAAAAAUCAGGUUUACGGGCUCUCCAACACUACGUCCGACAACUUGCGGUCGACCCGUAGUGUUUCAACCGUUGGGAGCUCCCAAUCAAUAUCAAGCUCCCAAUCUAAGGAGUUCGUGGCUUUGCAGCAACACACGGCUCAACUCACCGACAAAUACAACCACCUAUCAGUGGAGUACGCACAACUCAAAGCGUCUCAUGCACAACAAAGAGCGGAGUCUGAACAAAUCAAAGCGUCUCAACCACAACAAAAAGCGGAGUCUGAACAACAAAAAGCGGCUUAUGAACAGCUUCGCGAAAUGGUCAUGAACAUGGCAACACAUAGUGGAACAUGUGCGCCUAAUCCUUUUUGGCCGUAUAACCACCAGCCUCCUCCUUCAGGAUCUCCUCCUCCUCCUCCAGCUCCACCUUUAUAUUAAUUUGUAAUAAACAUUAUUUACCUUUAAAACUUCAUUUAAUAUUUUUUUUGAAACAUAUUCAGUUUGUAAUGAAUAUUAUUUAACUUUGAUUUUUUGUUUUUGAUGUUUAAUAUAAAUUUUAUUUUUAUAA